UGUGCAUUAGCUCUCAGGUGGUAGUGCUGCUAGUAACAGCGUUCUCGUGCGUGAGGGAAACAGUGUUGUUCAGUUCAAUGGUCUGAAACGUCUCAAAAGAAACAUCAUCUUGUAUAUUAUUGCGUGAAAACCAUCGAUUUUCCCUGACAACAACGCCAUUACAGGAAUGAGGUUCUCACUUGGCAGCUGGUGCAUAUUUCCCCUUGUGGCUGGGCUGGUGCUUGCCAUCAAUUAUGCGGCGGCACAACAGCGAGGAUCUAGUGCCGACUCCAACCCCUGUGUUUCAAAACUCAACUGUAGUGAAUGUAUUCGUACACCAACCUGUGCCUGGUGUGCUCAACAUGAUUUUGGUGCUGCUGAAGGUGGUCGACUACCCAGAUGUAAUCAACAAAACAAAUAUAUAGAUGGCCCACUUGCUGGGCAGUGCAGAUUGGAAGAUAUUGUCAACCCUGAUUCAGAAUUCAGGGCAAUUUUAGAUUUGGCUUUGUCCAAAGCUAAAUCUGGAAUUGAUUUGGAGGGCACAGAAGGAAGAGAUGCUGUCCAAAUCAAACCUCAACGAGUAUCACUAAAAUUGAGAAUCAAUGAGGCAUAUGAUAUGCAUAUGCAAUAUGCCCAAGCAGAGGACUACCCUGUAGAUUUAUACUACCUGAUGGAUCUGUCGAAAUCUAUGGAAGAUGACAAAGACAAGCUGUCGGAAUUGGGCAACCUUCUUGCCGAAAGAAUGCAGAGCAUUACGUCAAAUUUCAGACUGGGAUUCGGAUCAUUCGUUGACAAAGUUGUUAUGCCUUACGUCAGCACCGUUCCUGCCAAGUUAUUAGAGCCCUGUGAUGGCUGCAAAGCGCCGUAUGGUUUCAAGAACCAUAUGCCUCUGAGUUUGAACUCCACAAUGUUUUCAAGCCAAGUGAGGAAGGCUGCCGUAUCUGGUAAUUUGGAUGCUCCAGAAGGUGGCUUUGAUGCCAUUAUGCAAGCAAUUGUUUGCAAGGAACGCAUUGGAUGGAGAGACCGCGCUCGUCGUCUUUUGGUCUUCUCCACUGACGCAAGUUUCCAUUAUGCAGGCGAUGGCAAACUUGGUGGAAUCGUGAAACCAAACGACGGACUGUGUCAUUUGAACAAUGAUGGCGGUUAUACUCACUCGACGACGCAAGAUUACCCCUCAGUCUCGCAAAUCAAUCAAAAAGUUAAAGAAAGCUCAGUCAACUUAAUUUUCGCUGUCACAAAGGAACAGUAUCACAUCUACGAACAGCUGAACAAGCAUGUCGAGGGAGCCAGUUGUGGUGUCCUUUCUAACGAUUCAUCUAAUGUCGUCGAACUCGUACAAGAGCAGUACAACAAAAUCACUUCUUCCGUCGAGAUGAAAGAUAACGCAACUGGUGCUGUCAAAGUAACUUACUUUUCUAACUGUUUGGGCAACGGGCCGAUGGUUCAAACCAACAAAUGCGACGGGCUUAAAGUCGGCACUGUCGUUAAUUUCACGGCUAGGAUUGAGUUAUCUGGGUGUCCCAUUGAUCCGAAAGAAUGGCGUCAACUUUUCCAAAUCUAUCCCGUUGGUAUUAACGAAUCGUUGGUAGUUGAUCUUCAAAUGCUAUGCGAUUGUGAUUGCGAGAGACCCGGAAACUUGGGAUACAUUAGCAAUGCCGAUCAGUGUAACGGUGGAGGAGAUCUGAAGUGUGGUAUCUGUCACUGCGAUGAUUCUCAUUCGGGUCGCUUCUGUGAAUGUGACUCGAACACGGCUGUUCUCGGAGAUCACGAAGCUUCCUGUCGCUCUGAUAACACGUCUGAUAUCUUGUGUAACGAUAGAGGAACAUGUGUCUGUGGCGUAUGCGAAUGCCAGCCGCGCCCGAACCCAACAGAGAUUAUCACGGGCCAGUUUUGUGAGUGUGAUAACUUUUCGUGUGAUUACUACAACGGAUUACCGUGUGCGGGGUCGGAUCAUGGAACGUGCGAGUGUGGCAAAUGCGUUUGCAAACCCGGCUGGAAGGGUUCCGAUUGUUCUUGCAGAGACAGCAUUGACACUUGUAUUCCUCCUCGAGGAGGUGAAAUUUGUUCUGGCAAAGGCGAUUGCGUCUGCGGCGAGUGCCAAUGUUUUGAAGAAGAUGGUGGACGUUAUUCGGGGAAAUACUGCGAGGAGUGCCCUACUUGCCCGAGUAAAUGUCCCGAAUAUACUCCGUGUAUUCAAUGUCAAGUCUUUGAAUCUGGUAAAUUAACCAAAGAAGAGUGUGCUAACUGCUCCUUCACACCCGUUGAAGUGGAUGUUGUCAAAGAGGAGUUCCCAUCAGAUAGACAAUGUUGGUUUUACGACGAUGACGAUUGUCGUGUAACUUUUGUAUAUGGGUAUGACGACGAAGGAGAAUUUGUCGUUCGAGUUCAAAAAACCAAAGAAUGCCCACCUGUUUUAAAUAUUCUUGGGAUUAUUCUUGGUGUCAUCGGAGCCGUUGUAGCAAUCGGCUUUGCCUUACUGCUACUCUGGAAGCUGUUCACAGUUAUUCACGACCGACGAGAAUUUGCUCGUUUUGAAAAGGAACGGCAGAUGGCCAAAUGGGAUACGGGAGAAAAUCCUAUUUACAAACAAGCAACAUCUACGUUCAAAAAUCCGACAUAUGGUGGCAAACAAUAGAACGUGUUUCUCUAUUUUCCUCAGAAUUUUAACUAUAUCGAGUGUUCCGUUCGUCUAAACAUAACCACAUUUCAAGUGGUUCUUUUUUUAACUACCAUGAACAGAAGUUGUAACUACUUGAUUCAAUCAUUUCCAAAAGCUUUGCAUAACACGUGUAUUGGUUGGGUUUGUAGUUUAAUAUCUCAUGCGUGUCAAGUGCCAAAACUACAAAUCGUAAAGCAUUUUUACUUUUUAAAUCACUUAAAAGUCUCAUCAUGGAUAGAACAAGAGUUUUCAACUCUUUCACGUUUCUGUACAAUUUCAACUAUUAUCUGCCGCUAAUCUCAUGAUUUAUUCUAGAUAAAUAUGCCUUUAGAACGUGCAAAUUGUUCGUAUCACGUUUUACUGUAGCGAGCCGUCCUUUUAUUUCUGGCACGAAGCCUUACUCUUCUUUUACAGCAAUUUAACGCAAUCCCAUCGAACCCAAAUAGAAAGAUUCGCACAAGCCUUGUAAUUGGAUCAUGAAAUACAUAAAUUGCCAUCUCA